UAAAUAACAGAACUCUGGCAGAUGGUGUUAUUACCAAAAAUCACCGGGGGCUGCUGGACCACUUUUACUCUACAGCAUGAUUUGCUUGGCAGGCUCUGUUGUGUUGCUGUUAGCUGUAACAGCAGAGGCCAGAGUUGGAAACUCCAGUGAGCCUACCUCCUUCUGCACAGAGACCAAGGAAUGCUUACUGUUCGAUAUGAUCUGUGAAGGAGAAAAUUAUGAGGUGCGCCACUAUGCUGCUGCCAAAUGGGUGGCCACAGAGGCGGAAUCUGUCUUUAGGGAGGCUGCUGUUAUGAGAGCAUUCAAAACACUUUUUAAUUACAUCAGUGGUGAAAAUGAAGCAGGUGUUAAGAUUGACAUGACAGCCCCGGUUUUAGUCAAAGUGAAGGAAAAUGUGCCUUUGUUUGAAAAAUCAGUCUAUGUAAUGAGCUUCCUGUUACCAUCGGCCUACCAGAUAAGUGCUCCCAACCCAACGGACAGCACUGUGUACCUCACUGACAUGCCAGAUAUGAAUGUGUAUGUUAUGAGUUUCGGAGGCUGGAUAGUCUCACUGACAUCCAAACUGUAUUCUGGUCAACUGAAAGAUGAGCUUGACAAAGUUCAAGCAUCUUAUCUGAAAGAUUAUCGCUAUGAUGUCGGCUAUAACAGUCCAAUGGUGCUGCUGAACAGACAUAAUGAGGUGUGGUAUUUGAUUGAAGGGGAACCGGUGUGUCCACCAUCUGAAUAACAUUCCAUCAUCUCCUGUGCGACACAAAAUGGUGAAAAAGCACUAAUUCCAAGAACAAAUAAUCGAGGCUAGUUGUUUAUCAGUUUACAUUUACAUUUACAUUUUUUCUAUGUCAGAUUGUAUCAUCAUAGUAAAACUUCUUUGCCAUUCUCUUAUUAUUUAAUUGUAAUUUCUUGUGUAAAUACACACUUAGAAAUGCUGCUCUUAGAACAGCCUCAAAUGUUUGUGGCAUUGGUGUGACAAGGUGUUGGAAACAUUUGUGUUGACAUGCAUUGGUGCAGGUUGGCAGCUGCCAAAGACAUUCCUUAGACACCCCUGCAGCAUCACUAUAAGCCAAUUGUUGAUGCUGAUAUUAGGUUGUCCUGCAAACAUCUAAAUGAUAUGAAUAGGUUUACCCACCCACAGGUUUACCCUUCUCGCAUAUUUCUCCCAGUCUAAUCAUGGUCAAUUAGCUUAUUGUUAAUUUCUUGCUGCUUGUACCUCCCCAUGCUGGCUAAGAUGAGCUGACACCAUCAGGCUUUACAUGUAUACAUUUUUAUAACAGUCAUUUUAAACAUAUUUGUUCAUGCUCAAAAAUGUGUUGGUUUAUAAACGUGUAAGCAUAAGUUGGACAUAUAUAAAUAAAUAAAUAGCUGAAAAAAGUAACAGGCUAAUAAAAGAAAGUCAUCGAGUUUAAAGUAUCCAGUUUACGCCAAGAUCACAUAGAUGGCUGGGCACAUGUGCAUCAUUUACCCAUUAAAGAGGUUGCACGAGGAUGUCCUGUGAGACAGUUGCAGUUGAAACAUCUGCUAGUAAUGUCCUCGUACUAGAACACAGUAGUCCAAGUCUUGUGGAGUUGUUUUAAUAGCAUAUUAGGUGGGUAGUCCUAAUGUUUUGGCUCAUUGAUGCAUACUUUUAAUCAAAACCAGGUGAAGCACAUCACACACCUGCACAGUUGUAAUUGCUGCCAAAUUGGCUUCUACAAAGUAAUAAAAAUAGUCUAAAUACAUUUUGAAUAA